CCAGAGUGCCCGGCCGCCCCGCAAGCACUUCGCCUGAAGCCAAAGAACUUGCCAAGCCAGAUGAUGCCAGUUGACCUGGGGCAGGUCCUGGUCCCGCUGCCUCCACUGGCCAAGGCAGAGGACCCCAGCUUCCUCAGACAGGAUGCUGGCCCUCCAGGGGAACUGUGCGGCCCUGAGGCUGCGCGCCAGCUCUUCAGGCAGUUUCGCUACCAGGCGGUGUCUGGGCCCCAGGAGACCCUGAGGCAGCUUCGUGAGCUGUGCUUGCGGUGGCUGCAGCCGGAGGUCCACACCAAAGAGCAGAUCCUGGAGACUCUGAUGCUGGAGCAGUUCCUGACCAUCCUGCCCGGGGAGAUCCAGAUGUGGGUGCGGCGGCAGUGUCCAGGCAGCGGCGAGGAGGCCGUGACCCUCGUGGAGAGCUUGAAGGGAGACCCCCGGAGACUUUGGCAGUGGAUCAGCAUGCAAGUUCUGGGACAGGAGAGCGUAUCAGAGAAGAUGGCAUCUCUGAGCUGCCAGGUGGGGGAGGCAGAGACGCCUCCCGAAAGGAUGCCUCAGGAGCUGGACCUUCAGCAGUCAGCCUCAGGUCCCGGAGAGCAGCUGAGCCACGUGGUGAAAGAGGAAUCUGACAGCGAGCCAGCAUUAGUGAUGGCUGCUUCCCAGCUUCUUGCCCGGCCUGAGGAAAGGCCCGUGAGAGAUGAGGACGUUGGCGCCUCCUUCCUCCACGCAUCGUCUCAGGAGCAGUGGAGACACCUGGAUUCUACUCAGAAGGAACACUACUGGGACCUCAUGCUGGAGACCUAUGGGAAAAUGGUCUCAGGAGGGAGUAGACCAGAGAAUGACAAAGAGAACCUAGACUUGGAAAAUUACAGGGACCAGGAACCUCCAGAUGCCCCUUGUCCCAUCUCAGAAGAGGUCCCUCCUCAGGCUUCCUUGAGUGGCUUCUUCAGUGAGGAUGAGCCAAGGCACUUUGGAGAAGGAGAGCAUCUCCCUGAGGCGCAGGCAAGCCUCCAGGCUGAGGGAAGAGGGGAGCAGCUCUCUCCUCGGGAAAGGAAUUCUGGGAAACAGCUAGACCUGCAUUUGCCUAAUCCUCACCCAGGAGACCUGUCCAUGCUGUGGCUUGAGGAAAAGGCAGAGGGCCCCCAGAAAGGCCAGCUGAGACCCGCCAUGUCCCAGAAGCUCCCUACCUGUAGGGAGUGUGGGAAAACCUUUUACAGGAAUUCUCAGCUUGUGUUUCACCAGAGAACUCACACCAGAGAGGCAUACUUUCAGUGCCCCACCUGCCAAAGAACCUUUUUGCGGAGUUCGGACUUUGUGAAGCAUCAGAGAAGCCACACGGGAGAGAAGCCUUGCAAAUGCGAUUACUGUGGCAAAGGCUUCAGCGACUUCUCUGGGCUGCGCCAUCACGAGAAGAUCCACACGGGAGAGAAGCCCUAUAAAUGUCCCGUCUGCGAGAAAAGCUUCAUUCAGAGAUCAAACUUUAAUAGACAUCAGCGGGUCCACACAGGAGAGAAGCCGUACAAGUGUUCUCACUGUGGGAAAAGUUUCAGCUGGAGCUCAAGCCUUGAUAAACAUCAAAGGUCCCACCUGGGGAAAAAACCCUUUCAUUAGCUGUCCUCUUUUUUUGCCCAUUCUCUCUCUCUUUCAGACCAAUUAAACAUGGGUAGGUUUGGGAAUCAUUUGAAGGAACUGCGCCUUGUAUCCCUGGUCUCUUCUUUCAUGUAUCAGAUGGAUAACCUGCAGAUGAUUUUGUGCGUUGAGGGUAGAUUGGGCUCCUGGCCGGGAUUUCACGCCAGCGUCCUUUCCUGCUUGUGUGUCAGGAGAAGGAGUUGUCCUACUGUCUCAGCUCAUCCCUGGGUUCAGGGCCAUCUGUGGACCCCUUGCAGAGGAAAACUAGGAGAGCGAGUGUGAAGUAUCACUCGGGCAGAGUUCCAGAGAGCAGCUGUAAUUGCUGUCGGUGGGAAGAAUUAAGAACAGCUCUUCAGAACUACGAUCCCACACUUUAUCUUCCUCACACAGGAAGCCCAGCCGAUAGAGGACGGCAAUUUUCACAUGUGUUCUUGAACAGAGAGGUGAAAAAUGAAUUUGAAUUGUACCUUGUUUUGAAUAAACUUAAAGAGUCAGUGUCUUA